AUGGGCGAGUGCACAAAAUUAUUAAAAUUAAACAAUAAAGCAUUUUCUAACUGUCAAAAAUUAAAAACAAUAAUAAUGCCACCUUGUAUCAAAGCUCUUGGUGCAGGCUGUUUCUUUUGCACUUAUUCAUUACAAAGGAUAGAUUUUCCUGAUUCUCUUGAAAUUAUUCCUGGAUGGGUUAGCACUGAUUACAAUGAAUUCCAAUCUUCAGGAAUUACAGAAGUUUCAAUUGGCCAAAACUCUAAUUUAACUAAUAUAGGAACAGACGCAUUUGCAGGUUCUAAAUUAAAAUAUUUUACGAUACCUUCGAAAUUAAAAAUGGUAGAUGGAUCUUGCCUCCAAGGUUGUCCAAUUAUUAGUAUUAGUAUUGAUCGCAGAAAUCCGUAUUAUACAACUGAUGGAACUUCUAUUUUUUCUGGAUCGGAUUCUUCAACUUUAUUUUAUGUAAGUUCGGCGCUUACUGGAACAUAUCAAGUUCCAACUUUCAUCAAAAAGAUUGGUAAUUCUGCUUUCAGAGGUGGCAAUAUAAAUAAAAUUAUUUUAACAUCAAAUGUGACAACUAUUGAAGAUUGGUGCUUUUGUGGCUCUCAAAUAACAGAAUUUACAUUCACAGAUCAAAUUACAUCAAUUGGAACACGUGUGUUCUCAGGUUGUGUUAAAUUAGCUUCAGUAACAUUAAGCGAAAAUAUCAAAAAAAUUCCUGGCUAUAUGUUUGCUGAUUGUGGAAAUCUUAAAAAAAUCAACAUUCCUCAAAAUUUGACAUCAAUAGGUCCUGGAGCUUUAUCAGGAUGUUAUUCGCUUAAAUCAAUAACACUUCCUAAAACAUUGACAGAGCUUGGUGAUGGAGCCUUCAGUAAUACGGGUGAAAUUAACAUAACUUCUUUGAGUUCAUCAUUUUAUUCAGAAACUUUCCUCACAUAUAAAGACAAUAAAGAGACAUUGAUUUUAUACACAGGAUCAAAUACUGACAAUGAUAUUUCGAUUAUAAGUGACUGCAAAAGUAUUGGUGAUCUCACAUUUUAUAAGAAAAAACUUCGUGACGUUACUUUCCAGAGCGAAGAUUCUGAAAACAACAUAUCUAUUGGAUAUCAGGCCUUUCGCUUUUCUACUAUUAGAUCCAUUAUUUUUUCCCCAGGAUUAGUCUCUAUUGGGAAAAAUGCAUUCGAUAGUUGCGGAUCUCUGAAGAAUGUUACAUUCAAAGGAAACAAGAUUAAAUACAUUCCAAACUACUGUUUUAAUAACUGUCAAAAUCUUGAACACAUCACCCUUCCUUCAUCAAUUGAGAGAAUUGGGGAGUAUGCUUUCGCGUACUGUCCACUCAUUAGAGAUAUUGGCAUCUCUGGCAUGACCAAUCUGAUUUCUGUUGGUGCUUAUGCAUUCUACUACAGCGGUCUCAGUUCAGCAAAUCUGGCACACAGUGGCUGCACAGUUGACGUUAAGUCUUUUAUGGGUUCAUCAAUUAAAGAACUAACAAUUAGCUCUUUUAUUCCUCAGCAGCUUUGUCAGUACUGCGUAUCUCUGGAAAAACUGAACCUGAAGAUCGGAGUCUCAGUGAUUGGUCCAUAUGCAUUUGAUGGUUGCACAUCUCUCCAGGGUUUCACCAUUCCAAAUACUCUCACAAGCAUUCAGGGUUUUGCAUUCCAGUCAUGCAUUUCUCUUUCCACCGUCUACAUGGGUGGCAAUUGCAUUCUAUCGAGAGUUGAUGGUGGCUGCUUCUACGAAUGCUUCAGUCUCACGGAAAUCAUAUUACCUACAAUGGAUAACAAAUAUCGUUUUGAGAAUGGCGCACUCACAGAUUACGAUCAAACCAAUCUUAUUGUCUUCCUUCCUUACAGUGGAGUCAAGAACUUCAUUGUUCCGAUGACAAUGAAAACAAUUAGUCAAUGCGCUUUCAUGGGCAGCCCAUCACUUGUCAGAGUUUUCUUCAAUGGCAAAAAUAUCCAGACGAUAGACUACCAAGCAUUCAAAGACUGCAAAAACCUCAAUCUCGUCUUCUUCUCAUCAUCAAGCAUCAAAACAAUCGGAGACCAGGCUUUUGAUGGCUGCAAUCUUCUUCGCAAGUGCGGAUCUUUCUCAGCUCCAUCAAAUGCUCAGAAGAUCAUUAUUGAGCAAGGUAAGAUUCCUUCAAUUGCAUUCAAAGAUGAUUGUGGUUUAUCGAAUUCUUGUAAGCAUAUCCAACAUGUUGAAAUUUCAUCUUCAUAUUUAUAUCUUUUCAAAAUAAAAAAAGAACAUUUUUAG